CUUUGAGCCGGAAUGACUCUCGUUCAGGAGGCUGCGCAGGAUGACUGCAUGUCUGGAGCAACUCAGAGAAACACUGCCCGACUACAGGAAGGCUAGAAACUCUGAACAGGGCGCUGUUCCCCUCUGGAAUUUGGGACAGGGGAACAAUAAGGCUCUGAUUUCCUGAGGAGCCAGACGCUGCUACCUCGCAGCCAUGAGUUCUCAGGCGAGCUUUGGCAGCAGCAUGCUGUUCCAGAAUAUAAACGAUGACCUGAAUGCAUCGCUGGCUACAGCAGAUGAGUUAUCCAGAGAGUUCAACUCCCUGCUGAAGGAGGCCUCCUCCAACGACAACACCACUCAGACCAGCUCUGCAGUCUCCCCCGAGAAGCCUAACAGGGUGUCGAGUGGCAGCAGUAAUGGCAGCUUAAAGUCUUUCUCCACGAGCUCAACAACUUCGCGUCCGUUGGACUCCGUCUUCUCAAGCAGUAGAAGCGCAUCCCCUCCGGUCUUCUACACUAGUCCAGUGUCAUCCCCUAAGAUCCAGAGGGCAAACUCUCCACUUCCCCGGGCUGGAUCCGACAGUUACUCAUACAGCCAGCAGAACCCCACAAUGGCGCCCAAAAGCCCGAGGCAGAACUCUCCUUCUCGGUACGACAGGAGCCCACGAAGCUCCACCAGUUACAUGGAAAGAAGCUCUUCUCCAAAUCUCAUAGCUGUUUCUGCAUCGCCCCUCACCUCCUCCUCCAAAUUGCUGAGCCCUUACGACGGCAGCCAGAUGGGCCACAGGUCGCCUCGGGGAGAAAAAAGCCGCUCACCUGUGAUUUUCAAUCCAAUUUCCAACACACUUCCUAGAAACUUUGGUGUCAGGCAACCUGAUGAGGGUGUGCAGCAGCAGAAAAACACAGGCAAGUGGAACGAGACAGAUCUAGACGUGUCCUACGAGAAGAAACCUCACCACAACUAUGACAAGACAGAGUGGCUACAGCCGUCUGUGCCAAAUAGCAGCUGGAGAGAAUCCAACCUCGAUGGCCCUCCCCCGGCCCCAAGCACAAAAAAGGAUCCUCGCUCUCAAAAUUUCAUGUUUCCCCACGCGUCCCUCCCUCGUAACAUACGUAUAACAGUGCCUCCAGAUGUUUCAUCCCCAGCCCAUUCCCAAUACCAGCCUCAACCCAUCAUCUCCCGUAUUUCUAUCCCCCCAACAAUGUCUCCAUCCCACCAGCGCAAACCAAUCCCUCUCUCCGUCAUCAUGCGUCUCCAAAACCCCCGCUGGGGAGGAAGACCAUUCCCCCACCCCAGAAACAUGGGAGGAGAAGGUGAUAUGGCCCCUUACCCACCAGCUGUACCAUUCCCGAGGGAAUUCUUCCACCAACUUGUACCCCCGUCACUGCAGCACCCACCUGAGCUGAGACAGCCAGCCGUGUACAGUGACGUACUGAACUCCGGGGAUAUAGAUGCAGAGUUAGAGCGGCUGGACUCAGUUCAUCACAUGACUACAGUUCAGGAGACUCCAGGCACACCAGAGGGCAGAAGCGAGGGUGCAGCCCUAGCACCCCGGCCCCUCAGCCCCACCAGGCUGCAGCCAGUAGUGGCCCCUGAGGCCCAGAGCGUGGAGAUUCCCAACCUCGAGGAGCUGCUCCGCAUCCGGUCAGAGAUCCCCCGGGCCCUGAAGCGGAGGGGCUCCGUGGAUCAAUCGAAGCCGCUGAAGAGUGCGUCCCACUACCAGCCCAACCAGUACAAAAACCUCAUCGACAAGCUUUUCCGCAAGAAGGCUCGCCGUCAGAAGGGGGAGAAGGGGAGUGAGACCAGCAGCUCCUCAGAAGAAGAGGACUUCGCUACACCUCCAGCACACCUGCCUUCAGCCACGAUGCAGCAAGAUUUCAGACUCUACCAAUCCAUCCUGCGGCGGCCCAAGCACAAGAGUUCUGGGAAGCGGGCCCGCCUCAGUCCGCUGGUCCUGCUGCUGGACGGAUCUCUUGUCGGAGAACUGGAGACGGUGCAGAAGGCAGUGCAGGAGAUGAGUGACCCAGCCAGCCCAACGAUGAAGGCAUCACCGCCCUUCACAAUGCCAUCUGCGGUGGCCAUUACAACGUGGUGGACUUCCUGGUUCGAAUUGGAGCCAAUGUCAGCGCUCCAGACAGUCACGGCUGGACCCCGCUGCACUGCGCCGCCUCGUGUAAUGACCGGCCCCUGUGCGAGUUCCUGGUGAGGCACGGAGCUGCGGUCAUGGCCAUGACGGAGAGCGACGGCGCCACCUCCUCCCAGAAGUGUGAUCCUUACGCUGUUGGCUAUGAGGAGUGUGAAAACUUCCUCAGAGGGGUGGAGGAGGCCAUGGGGACGGAGAACAGUGGGGUGCUGUACGCUCUGUGGAGCUACCCGGCUCAGUUAGCUGAUGAGCUGAGCUUCAAAGAGGCAGACAUGGUCACCAUCCUGCAGAAACCCGAGGGGUCCGACUGGUGGUGGGCCUCCCUCUGUGGCAGGGAGGGCUUCGUUCCAAACAACUACUUUGGG